UCCAGCUGGGCUGUGCAGGCAAGGCAGACUGGGUGGUUUCCCUGCUGGGGUGGAGAGGGCGAGGCUAAGGGCGGCCAGUGCACCAAUCCUGGGAUGGCUUACAGCGUGACCCUCACAGGCCCAGGACCCUGGGGCUUCCGUCUCCAGGGGGGCAAGGACUUCAACAUGCCACUCACCAUCUCUCGGAUCACCCCCGGCAGCAAGGCAGCCCAGUCUCAGCUCGCACAAGGGGACCUUGUGGUAGCCAUUGAUGGCGUGAACACGGACACCAUGACCCACCUGGAAGCCCAGAACAAGAUCAAGUCAGCCAGCUACAAUCUGAGCCUCACUCUGCAGAAGUCAAAGCGCCCCAUUUCCAUCUCUACCUCAGCUCCUCGGAUUGAGUCUCCAAUGCCUGUGAUUCCCCAUCAGAAGGACUCUGCUUCGGAGAUGAAUGGCAACUUGACAGCUUUAAGCUCUAUCCCCAGCCCCAAGGGGGGGCCCCCCACCCCAGGGGUGACCAAUGGAACAGGCGUAGGGACUCUCAGCGUCCAGGAGGUCAGCCAGAGCCUUAGCUCCUCCUCCCAGGCCACCAUCAUCUCCUCCCACAUGGUGACCUCAGAGCCUUCGCCUCCGAGAGGGAACAAAGGCUUGAAGGCGAAUCCAGAGGCGACCUCUGACAGUCUGAGCCCCAAAGUGCAAGUGGGCUCUGGGCAGCAAAGACAGUAUAACAACCCCAUUGGCCUGUACUCAGCAGAAACCCUGAGGGAGAUGGCUGAGAUGUACCAACUCAGCCAAAGAGGGAAGGCUCCUGGUACAGCGCCUCCAAGAGGCGCGGAGUACCAGGAACGCUUCAAUCCCAGCGCCCUGAAGGACUCUGCCCUGUCCACCCACAAGCCCAUCGAGGUGAAGGGGCUCGGGGGCAAGGCCACCAUCAUCCAUGCCCAGUACAACACGCCCAUCAGCAUGUACUCGCAGGAUGCCAUCAUGGAUGCCAUUGCGGGCCAGGCCCAAGCCCAGGGCAGCGACUUCAGCGGUAACAUCCCCGUUAAAGACCUUGCAGUAGACAGUGCUUCCCCCGUGUAUCAGGCUGUGAUUAAAAACCAGAACAAGCCUGAAGAUGAAGUGGAUGAGUGGGCCCGCCGGUCCUCCAACCUGCAGUCCCGCUCCUUCCGAAUCCUGGCGCAGAUGACCGGGACGGAAUACAUGCAAGACCCUGAUGAAGAGGCCCUGAGAAGAUCAAGGAUCCUCGGUUCUUCCUAUUCCCCGGCAGCUUCGGCACCCCACGCUCCUGCCACCUAUAAUGAAGCUCCUGCCACGGCUCCUAAGCCCCGGGUGGUCACCACGGCCAGCAUCAGACCUUCAGUCUACCAGUCAGUACCUGCAAGCAGCUAUAGCCCAGCUCCAGGAGCAACCUACAGCCCAGCCCCUGCCUACACCCCAUCCCCGGCCCCUGCCUACACCCCAUCCCCAGCUCCUUCCUAUAACCCUUCCCCAUACAGCCCAGCUCCAUCAGCAACCUACAGCUCUGGCCCAGCGGAGCCAGCCAGCCGCCCGCCGUGGGUGACUGAUGACAACUUCUCUCAAAAGUUCGCCCCUGGGAAGACCACCACCUCGAUCAGCAAGCAGGUCCUUCCCCGGGGUGCCCCGGGCCCAUCGCCGGGCUAUACUCCUGCCGGCACCCAGGUACCCACACUAGCCCGAGGCACCAUCCAGAGGGCUGAGCGCUUUCCAGCCAGCAACCGGACUCCUCACUGCGGACACUGUAACAGCAUCAUCCGGGGCCCCUUCCUGGUUGCUAUGGGUCGCUCCUGGCACCCAGAAGAGUUCAAUUGUGCCUACUGCAAGACCUCUCUGGCUGACGUGUGCUUUGUGGAGGAGCAGAAUAACGUGUACUGUGAGCGCUGCUAUGAGCAGUUCUUUGCCCCACUGUGUGCCAAGUGCAACACCAAGAUCAUGGGGGAAGUGAUGCAUGCUCUGAGGCAGACUUGGCAUACCACUUGCUUUGUCUGUGCAGCCUGUAGGAAGCCUUUUGGUAAUAGCCUUUUCCACAUGGAGGAUGGAGAGCCCUACUGUGAGAAAGAUUACAUCAAUUUGUUUAGCACCAAGUGUCAUGGCUGCGACUUCCCUGUGGAAGCUGGAGACAAGUUCAUCGAGGCCCUGGGACAUACUUGGCACGACACUUGCUUCAUCUGUGCUGUCUGCCAUGUGAAUUUGGAGGGGCAGCCUUUCUACUCCAAGAAAGAUAAACCACUAUGCAAGAAACACGCUCAUGCUAUCAAUGUUUAAAAGAAGCUAGCAGCCCCUGGCAUCAGAGGAAAACUCGAUGGCCAACCCUGUUAACUACAAAAAAGGAUAAAUCACGAUGGAAAACUUUUCUUUCUGUGGGGGAGGGAGAGGAGCUAGGAAGCCCCUGAGAUCUUUUGAAGUACAAUUUUAGCCCUUUUUAUGUACACAGAACAUGCAUUUGCCUCGCUCUGACCAGAAGCCAGCCCAAGUCUCUCCCGAGAGGAGCUGGUAAUUAAUCCAAGACUGGAAUGGUACUUCAAAAGCUGAGAACACAAUCCUGAGCACUCCAGAGUAUGAAACUAAAAGCAACUUUUCCUAAGAAAUACAAAUAUACUCUUCGAUAAGCUCAGCAUCAUCAGAGCUCUGGCCAUUUCUUGGCUGGCAUUUAUCAAGAGCCCGGCGUCCUUUCGAAGAGCCCUUUAGUCUGUAGCUACAGCUGGCAGAAAGAAAAACAAAAAGUCAGAUGCCAAAAAAAAAGUUCUAGUUGUAGCAUAUUUUUAGGCCCAUAGCUGUUAGUUUGUAAAGUAAGACAGAUCCAGGCGUUCCUCACCAAAAAAGGAAGCAUUAUUCCAUUAUUAAUACAAUGGUGCUAACUCCCAAAGCAUCAAACUAGAGACCUUUAAAUAAACCAAUUUGAAGCAUUCUCCACACCGCGAAGGGUGACGAAGAAUAAAAGGAAAAAAUUGAGUGCCAAAGUCAAAAGAAAGGGAAGCUAUUCUAGGAGGGCCUGGGACAUCGAGAAGUUUAACACUUGAAGGGCCAUCCCUCCCCUCAGCACAAGGUUAAGAAAAGUUCAUUUCUUCAGUUCAUCUCUUUUGGUUUUAGACACCCAAAUGGCCAUAAAGCACCCAUCUCAUAUUCAAACUGGGAUGGGAAAAUGGCAUGGGUUUCCCCCAGUUUUGUUCAUUGGUGGAAGAGGUAAGGAGAGGGAGAGGACUUUGGGCAGGAUUUCAGUGUUGUAUCUGUUUUAAGAACUCUUGGAAUGGGUCUCCAUCCCCCUGGUACUCCAAACGACCACCAAUUGAAGUCUUUAUCAGAUCCCUUUGUCAGGGGGAGAAAACCAACCUUAAUUCGUCAGUGCUGGGAAGGAGCAAAGAUGGAAUGUUAAAAUAAAUUGGAUGGCACAAGGGACUGCCCACCCCCUAAGGACUGGGGAGCCUUCAGUUCUGCCAAAUGCGUUGAAGACGGAGGGCACGGGUCACAGGCUGGGGGUGCUUCACAGUUCUGUCUGAUAUCACUGGGAUUAGUUCCCCUACACGGGAUACAUUCUUCAGCCUCUGGUUUUGUUGGCUGAUAAGAAGAAAGGCUAGGACAAUAUUGACUGGAUUGCCCAUCCAUCUUGCUGGCUAACAUUUUUACAAUGUCUUCUGCUUUGGGUUGUGCUAGAAAAAAUUUAAACUUAACCUCGCUAGUCAAUAUAGCAAGUAUUUAUUGAUUUGAGCCUUUAAGAUUGCUCAAAUUUCUUAAAUAACGCCAGAAAUGAGCUAAUAUGUCAAGUGGUCCUUUUUAAGCUAUUUAAGCGAGUAGAAGAAAGAGAAGGGUGUGAUUUCCGAGUAUGCCAUUUUUGCUUUUCAUUCUUUUUAGCAAGCAAUACUAUUUUACUCUUUGAAAAUGUAUAUUUCCAGUUCGAAUGACUAUUUCUCUCCUUUAAUCAUGUAAUAUGUGGAGUUUUUUGCAUCCUACCGCUAACUCCUGCAUUCUUCCUUUGGGGAAUUUUUUCUCCUUCCCUUUUUAUUCCUUGAUAUAUUGUAAUGAAGUAAAAGUUCCAGUCCUCCUCUGGAAACUGAUACUUGUACGGGAGAGUGUCUUAAGUCCGUAAGUUGAGAAUAAUAACAAAUGGUCAUGAAUUUUGGACUUUAUUUCUGAGGAUUUCCAUGAAGCCAUCUAUGCUCCUUCCCAUAGAAUCCAAAGGAGAAUAUAUGCUUAGGCACCAAAACUAGAACUCUGAGUCUUUUUUGUACAUUGACAUUGAGGUUACUUUUUGGAGAAAAAUAUUGCCUGGUCACUUUUUCAAGGGAUAGAUACCAGCCACUAUCUAUAGUCAUCUUCUUGAAAAUAAUCUAAUAGGCAAGGACAAAGAAAUGCCUAAAAUAUCCAGCCUGCACUGUUGAAUGGCCGAUAUAUCCAUUAGGGUGAGGAUUUAGGGACAUUUGAGAUAAUCUAGUCCAACCCUUAAUUUUACAGAUAAGGAUAUUGAUAAAUGACUAAUAAAGAGAUAUGCCCAUAGGAUACCCACCAAAGUGGUGGAGCCAGGACUUGAACUCAGAUCUUCUGAGAUAUAGGGUCAUAGAUUCCAAGUCGAAAGGGACCGUGGAGGUCACUGAUUCCAAUCGCUUCAUCUUUCACAUGAGGAUCAUGCAAGAUCACACAGGUAGUAAGUACCAAAACCAGGAUCUGAACCCAAAUUUUCAGACUCCCCAUCCAGUACUCUUUCUAAGUAUUAUUUAUGCUCCUUCUUUUCACUCCAAAUCCAGCGUUCUUUCCAUUGCAUCAUACUUAGCCUUCUUUGGCCCUUUCACAAAUUUCCUAGUGCCUGGUUUCAAGGGGAGAAAAUGAUGGGGAAUCAUUUUAUGGCUAAAGAAUAUCAGAGCCCAUUGGAAGGGUUUUGGGGGGUUCCUUUUUGUGGAAAUUGUUGAGGAAAGUGAAAAGCCUUAAGAGGAAAAUUGGGGGAAACCCGUUUUGCUAUUACUUUUUGAAGAAACUAGGCUGUCUUGGACUGUUUAGAUCAUACACACACACACACACACACACACAAUUCUAAAGUUGACAGAAAAAGGAAGUCUCUUAAAGUUUGGUCCUUCGGGGUCAUUAAGUUAGGUACAAUGUUUUGCUUAAAGUUAUCUCUUACUUAUGGUUAAUUGCAUGAAUGCCUAAAGCACGGAACCACACUUCUGAGUCAACAUGAGGCAGUAUACUUUGGAUUUGAAAUAUUUGUCUCCUUAGAAUAGACAUCUGUUUAAUGUUUCUAAACAUUAACUUUUGCAACAGAGUGAUUUGUGUCUGCAGUGAUGUGCUAGGAAUCUAGCUUUUAUAAUUUUUUUUCAUCCCAAAUGCCUUUGCUUUUGAAUUUUUUAAGAAAAACUUUCUAUUUAUUAGCUCAGAAGUGGAAUGUCGUGCUGUUUUAUUAGAAGUGUGUGCCAAUAUAUUUUGCAUGGAGUUUCUACACCAACCAAUGUGAAUUAAACAUUGUCACAAAAUAAAAAGAUGAAAAAGGA